AUGGCAUUCCAGCAUGCAAUUACAGAGGUGAAUUGUGUUUGGAGUUUUUUAUUUUCUAUUCGAUGUGGAGGUCUAGCUCCGACUAAGGCUUCAUGCAUUAAGAACGUGUUGCGUUGUUUGCGCGAGAGAAGAGGUGAAUUGUGUUUGGAGUAUUUGCGGGACUUGUCCGUUGAUGAAGUUAAGGCUGAGCUGUCUCUUUUCAAAGGAAUUGGUCCCAAAACAGUGGCUUGUGUGUUGAUGUUCAAUCUUCAGCAGGAUGAUUUUCCUGUGGACACUCACAUAUUUGAGAUUGCAAAAACCAUGGGUUGGGUACCAUCUGUUGCAGACAAAAAUAAGUCAUAUAUUCAUCUAAACCAAAGGAUACCAAAUGAACUUAAGUUUGACCUGAAUAGUCUUCUGUAUACGAACGGGAAGCUUUGUCGCAAAUGCUCCGGUAAAAAGGGUAACAAGCAAGGAAAGAAAUGUGACGAUAACUCCUGUCCUUUAUUGAAUUAUGAUAAAGAGUCAAUUGAACUUUGAGCUGGGAAAGCAAAUUAUUUUCAAUUAUUUGAUUCUCAAACUAAAUGAAGUCAAUAUGGACUCUAAUUUUGUAACUGUAUAGAAUAGAAUACUAGUAGUAUAGACUUAGGCUGUUAGGCAGUAGAACAAUUUUGAGAUUACAUGAAAGUAAGGUCAACAAUAUUUGUGAGCUAGUGCAUCAAGCACUUGCAUGGUUUGAAUUGUCUAAAAAUUGCCCCUCUGUAAUUUUGUAAAGGGCUCUUGCUCGAAAUGGAACAUUAUGUUUAUCUCUCUGUUAAUGGACAUUAAGU